AUGCAUUCAUCACCCUCAAGCUCUCGUUGCGCAUCUCCAGAACCCUCCGACACAAUGCAGAUCUUCGUCAAGAACGUGUCUGGCAAUAGUAAGCCCUCUUCACCUUCUUCUCAACGCCUUCUAACCUCCUCCACAGCAAUCGCCAUGACAGUCCCCUCCUCCCUGACCAUUCAAAACCUCACCACCCUCCUAUCAGUCCGGACGUCCUUGCCAGAAAGCGACCUCCGCCUGGUGCACGCCGGCAAGCACCUCUCCUCCUCGGACGCCACCCUGUCCGAUUACCACAUCCCGCGAGAGUCAACCCUACACCUAGCACUGCCCUUAAGGGGCGGCAUGCCACCCAAGAAGAUCAAGUGCACGUACAAGGACUGUAGAGAGGGUGCCCAGCGCAUCAUUGGGGACUGUGGGUUCUGCAACGGGCAUUACUGCGGGAAGCACCGGCUUCUAGAGGACCACAAGUGCGAUGGUUUGGAAGACUGCAAGAAGGAAUCGCACGACCGGAACGCGGCACAGCUUAAUGCUGAGCGGACACAGGUCAUCAAGGGUAUAUAG